AUGGAUUCGCCAUCUUCGCCGCCGCCCGGAUCUUACCCCGCUUCUCUUCCACCAGGAUGGGCUGCUCAGUGGAAUGAGCAGUACAAAGCAUGGUACUUCUUCAAUUCUCACACAAAUGUUUCGCAAUGGGACCAUCCGGGGUCGGCCCAGCAGGCCAGCAGCGAACCAAAGGUGGCCAGCGAUUCACAGUUGGCCGACGAUGAGGCAUUGGCCGCCCGCCUUCAAGCCGAGGAGGAUUCGCGGGCCACACCACAGUUGAACAUGGACACCCACCCCUAUAGGGGGAACAGGGGCAUGGAAGAUAGCGACGCUGCUCUCGCGGCGAGACUACAGGCAGAAGAGGACGCCCUCGCCGCCCAGCAGAGAUCACCGCAACCCCAACAGCACCCGUACUCGCCCAACCACUUCCAACAGAAUCCCGCAUUUUCUCCUCAGCAACAGCAGCAGCAACCAUACGGCGGCGACUAUAUGUCCUACCAACAGCAACCCAUUCAGCAGCAGCCCUACCAGCAGCAACCAUACCCACAGCAGCAACAAGGAUUUGGUCCUCAAGGAUACCCGCAAUAUCCGGGCUAUCCCAACCAGCAGCAAGCAGCGUAUCCAAAUCAGCAGUACGCACAGCCGCAACCGCAACCGCAUACGACAACUGGCCAAAGUGGAGGGUUUCUGGGGAAGCUGACCGACAAAGCCAAAGGGCGGUUAUCUGCUGCCGGCGUCAACCUGCCUGCGUCUAGCAGCGGUGGAGGUGGAAUCGUAGGCUUGGGCAACAGUGCCUUGGCUGGGUUCAAGGACAAGCUCAAGACGAAGAACAAACCCAGCCAACCACAGAACAACAGUGCCAAUAGCAAUACCACUGGCUACCCGAUGUACGGUGCGUAUCCCUAUGACAACGGAGGAGGCCAUCAUGGCGGGCACCACGGCGGGCAUCAGGGUGGGCACAACGGCGGCGGGCAUCAUCAUGGCGGGGAUGGAGGAGGUGGCCACGGUGGUGAUGGAGGAGGCGGAGGUGUCGGUGGAGGAUGA